CAAGCGUCAACGCAGCCGUCGUGCUACAGUACAAGACCUGGCGUGUCUGGAACUACAAGCGUGUGCAUGGCAUCCCCUUUGACAAGAAACACAAAGCCACAGCUACGUUCAUCGCCAACAACAGCACUCUACAGCCCCUGAGGCGUGGUCAGCCAGAUAACCUCAUCUCCGGAGACUUUAACUUCGCGCAGGUUGACUUUGGUGAUGAUAUGGGCGAUUUGGGAGAUUUGAUGGAUCUG